AUGAAAUUUCCAAUCGAGACUCCAAGAAAACAGGUGAACUGGGAUCCUAAAGUGGCCGUUCCUGCAGCAGCGCCCCCGGUGUGCCAGCCCAAGGGCACCGCUAACGGGCAUUACGCGGCCCCACGCCUCUCCAUCUCCUCCCGAGCCACGGUGGUAGCCAGAAUGGAAGGUGCCUCCCAGGGGGGCCUGCAGACCGUCAUGAAAUGGAAAACAGUGGUUGCCAUCUUCGUGGUCGUGGUGGUCUACCUCGUCACGGGCGGUCUCGUCUUCCGGGCAUUGGAACAGCCCUUUGAGAGCAGCCAAAAGAACACUAUUGCCUUGGAGAAGGCAGAAUUCCUGCGGGAUCAUAUCUGUGUGAGCCCACAGGAGCUGGAGACAUUGAUUCAGCAUGCUCUUGACGCUGACAACGCAGGAGUAAGCCCCAUAGGAAACUCUUCUAACAACAGCAGUCACUGGGACCUCGGAAGUGCCUUUUUCUUUGCUGGAACUGUCAUCACCACCAUAGGGUAUGGGAAUAUUGCUCCAAGCACCGAAGGAGGCAAAAUCUUUUGCAUUUUAUAUGCCAUCUUUGGAAUUCCACUUUUUGGUUUCUUAUUGGCUGGAAUUGGAGACCAACUUGGAACCAUUUUUGGAAAGAGCAUUGCAAGAGUGGAGAAGGUCUUUCGAAAGAAGCAAGUGAGUCAGACCAAGAUCCGGGUCAUCUCAACCAUCCUGUUCAUCUUGGCCGGCUGUGUUGUGUUUGUGACAAUCCCCGCUGUCAUUUUCAAAUACAUUGAGGGGUGGACGGCCCUGGAGUCCAUUUACUUCGUGGUGGUCACUCUCACCACGGUUGGCUUUGGUGAUUUUGUGGCAGGGGGAAACGCUGGCAUCAAUUACCGGGAGUGGUAUAAGCCCCUCGUGUGGUUUUGGAUCCUUGUUGGCCUUGCCUACUUUGCAGCUGUCCUCAGUAUGAUCGGAGAUUGGCUACGGGUUCUGUCCAAAAAGACAAAAGAAGAGGUGGGUGAAAUCAAGGCGCACGCGGCCGAGUGGAAGGCCAACGUGACGGCGGAGUUCCGGGAGACGCGGCGGCGGCUGAGCGUGGAGAUCCACGACAAGCUGCAGCGGGCGGCCACCCUCCGCAGCAUGGAGCGCCGGCGCCUGGGCCUGGACCAGAGGGCGCACUCGCUCGACAUGCUCUCCCCCGAGAAGCGCUCCGUCUUCGCCGCGCUGGACGCGGGCCGCUUCAAGGCCUCGUCCCAGGACAGCAUCAACAACCGGCCCAACAACCUGCGCCUGCAGGGCUCCGAGCAGCUCAACAAACACGGGCAGGGAGCCUCUGAGGACAACAUCAUCAACAAGUUCGGGUCCGCCUCCAGACUCACCAAGAGGAAGAACAAGGACAUCAGAAAGACGUUGCCUGAGGAUGUUCAGAAGAUCUACAGGACCUUCCGGAAUUACUCCCUGGAUGAGGAGAAGAGAGAGGAGGCGGCGGAGAAGGUGUGUAACCCGGACCACUCCAGCACGGCCGUGUUGACUGACUGCAUCCAGCCGCAGGCCGAGGUGGGGAAUGGCGUGGUCCCCACGGACACCAAAGACCCGGAGCGCGAGGAUAACGCAUUACUUGAAGGCAGAAACUAA